GACCUAGUCAUGAUACUGCUGUAUGAGCUGCAGAAGCGGCUGGCCAAUCUAAGGCCCACAACCACCGUCGUCACCACACCCACCGGCGCCCGUUUUGUUGAACGGCGUAGGUCCUCUGGAAGCGAGGACGGAGCAACCACGACCCCCCAACAGCUGGAGGCACGACAGUAUGGCUUUGUCGUGGACACAAAACCAGACGCCGUGCCCGCGUGCAUUCUCAGUGAAUUCCUCUAUCUGGGCUCCCAAGAUGCCGUCAGUACGGAAAACAUAUUGAAGUUCAAGCUGACGCAUAUACUCAGCGUUGGCAUAGAAACCCCCAGUAUCGAGCUACCAACGUCAGUCACGUGCAAGUACUUACCCUGUCUGGAUCUGCCCGAAACGGAUCUGCUGCGGUAUGUGCUGCCCGUCUCCAUAGACUUCAUCGAGGAGGCUCGCCAGGCCCGCGGCUGCAUUCUAGUCCACUGCAACGCGGGCGUCUCGCGGUCUGCCUCUGUUGUCAUUGGCUACUUGAUGCAGCGGCGGGACAUGUGCUACGAGGAUGCCUACAACCUGGUCAAGUCCUGGCGGCCCUGCAUCCAACCCAAUGCGGGCUUCAUGCAGCAGUUGAAGAAGUCUAGUAAAACAUAAAUAUAAAUAGGUUAAGUCGGUGUCCGCCUACCUGCAUUUUGGCUUUAUUUUUGUGCUUAGUGCCCAUGCCCCACGAAAACAAUUCAUCCAUGCACAUACACAACACGGACACAGAACA